CCAGCGUCAAUCUUAUGAUGUGAGGCUGUGAUUGGCGGAACACGCGUUAUGCUCUCCCCCGCGUCACGGAGCUGACUCUUGGCGUUCGUGUGAUGCUCAUCCUGUCGGUGUAUUCGGGAGGAUCGCGCUACCCGGAGUGGCUAUGAAGGCGGGGGCCUCCUCUAUGUGGGCUUCGUGCUGCGGUCUGCUGAACGAAGUUAUGGGCACCGGGGCGGUGAGGGGUCAGCAGUCGGGCUUCGGAACGGGUGCCGGGCCCUUCCGCUUCGCCCCCAGUGCUGGGUACUCGACCUACCCCCCCACGAGCACAGGCAGCCCCAGCCUUGUGUGCAAGGCCUGCGGCCAGGCGUUCUCCGUUUUCAGGAGAAAGCACAUCUGUUGCGACUGCAAGAAGAACUUCUGCUCCCUGUGCUCCGUGCUCCAGGAGAACCUCCGCUGGUGCUCCACCUGCCACCUGCUGCGAGGCACGGCCUUCCAACGGCCGCAGCUUAUGCGCCUGCGUGUUAAAGACCUGCGGCAGUACCUGCUGCUGCGCAACAUUCCCACCGACACUUGCCGUGAGAAGGAGGACCUUGUUGACCUGGUGCUGUGCCACCAGGGGGUGGCAUAUGGCGAGGAUGAAGAGGAGGAGGAAGAUGGGGAGGGGGAAGAAGACCCUGACUCAGGAGGGUCCCACUCCCUCUAUACCCCACCCCUCACAACUAUGCGCUCUGCCUCUCAGGGAGAACUGCUCGGCAGAAGCGAAAGCUCAGGGACCAACCACCAGCAGCAAGACCUUGGAGAAGCCACAUCCAUCUCGCUCUUGAACCUGGAGACCAGUGGGAACACACAGCAGGCUAGCCCAAUGGCACGGAAGCGGGCGCGUGCCUCCCUUUCGGACCUCUCCAGCCUAGAGGACGUGGAAGGGCUGUCCGUGCGGCAGCUCAAGGAGAUCCUGGCGCGCAAUUUUGUCAGCUAUUCAGGAUGCUGCGAGAAGUGGGAACUGGUGGAGCGCGUGAGCCGCCUCUACCGUGAGAACGAGCAGAACAGGAAGUCCAUGGAAAAUGUGAACAACAGCAUAACUGCAGUGGUUGCAUACCCCCCGCCCAUCUGCAAUGGUGGAAUUGUAGGCGGGGAGCGACUACAGCUGGCCAGCCAGGACGACAACCUGUGCCGCAUCUGCAUGGACGCCGUGAUCGACUGCGUGCUGCUCGAGUGCGGACACAUGGUGACGUGCACCAAGUGCGGCAAGCGCAUGAGCGAGUGCCCCAUCUGCAGGCAGUACGUGGUGCGCGCCGUGCACGUCUUCAAGUCCUAGUGGCUGCACCUACAUCGCGCCCCCACCCCCACCCCCAGCUCUUCCUCCCUGAACCAAGGGGAGCGCGAAAGGAGGCGUCGACAUGUCCGCACCAUCACGGGCCUCACUGUGAAACCGUUCCCUCCACUUCAACCUUCAAGACGAAGCCACGGUCCAAUGGUCGCAUCACUGGCUCCUUUUGGAUUUUUUUGGCUUGAAUCAGCUGUCAUCAGACAAGGUUGCCAAAGUGAAUUUAAGAAAAGAUGGAUUAACCCCCCCAUACACACUGCUAUAAUUUUUUACAAUCUUAAAUUUAAAAUUUAGUUGACCUUCGGACCUUAAGCCCUGUUUGAACUACUCUUUGACCAAGGAAUAUGGAAAUCCCAAAGUCGGCACCAAAGCGGCAGCGUCCUUCCAGCAGUCAGAGCGCCAUGCGCUGCGUCACCCCUCGCCCUACAGCUCCCGUUGCUGUAGGGAUUUCUUAAAAAGUUGUCGUUGCACUUUUCCCGCAGUGUUUGUGCACUGGAAACUGUCUGUUGUUCGAAUGUGGGCCACCGGUCGGAAGUGCAAUAAUGAAAUGGACCCCAUGGACUCCCGUUCCGACCUCUGAGGGAUCUGGAGCCUUCCGCCUGAGUUCCGGCUAAGUAGAGGCACCAGUGAGCGGCUGCGUGUCGCUAGGACUCUCUAUGCAGGCCUUUACCGGCACUCUGGGACAAGGGUCAAUAAGGUGCCAAACCGGGGACCAGGGCAAGUCUCCGACAGCUCCCUGUCAGGCUCUCCACACCGUGGCUUGUGGGGGGGGGGGGGUUAGUGUCUCGCGUUUCCCACAGCGCCGCAUUCUACAAGCUGGGAUUCAACAUCAGCGUCUGUCCUGCAUCUCUCUCACACACACACACACACACACACACACACCUGUCUGCUGUCCAGGACGAAACAUCCGUGCACAUGCUCAUUAAAAUAAAGUUGCAAUAUUGUAGCUUCUAUCUUCAUAUUCUUGUCAAUUUUCCUGUCGUUUUUCAGCAAUGAUAGUGUUGGCUGAUGUUAAAAAAAUUUGACACAUUAAAGACAGGUGAUAUCUCCAUUUGCAUUCAGUUUUCCAAACUAUUAAUACUAGUUUGAUUUAAUUGUGUAUCUUUUUUUAUAUCUCCCCCCCAAAGUGGCAGGAAAAACCUGAAAUGUGUUGAUGGUUUUUAGUUAUCUUUACCAGAUAGUAAGAACUAACUAAAGAUCUGACUGCAAGUUAUUACUGAUGCUUGUGGAACAUAGAGAUGUAUAGAGGAAAAGUGAAUUGCUGUACAGUUGCAUAUAUUUCAUAACAAGAUGUACAUAUAUAUUUUUCCAUUUGCUUUGAAUUUUUUUUUUCCCCCUCCUCCUGACAGUGUCCCUCAGAUUGACUUUAUUUCCAAUAAGUAAAGUUGUACUGUUCACUGGUUUUAAACGUUUCUGCGGUUGGUUUGAUUCAUGUCUGUUGACUGUUGAGAGCUAAGCUCUGUGACUCGGGUUCGUUGCUUCUGACCAGAUCCGUCUGAGGGUUGGAUUCCGUUUAAUUCUUACCGCUUCCCUGGAGGCCUGCGGUUUCUGAGCCGUUUGGUGAAGUUGGGUCUUUGUAUUCCAGAAUGUUAAACUUUUUACGUUUGUGAUUUUAACAACUUUAAUAAACACACAGUAUAUUAACUACAAA